UAAAACCAAUUCCGAAGAUGUGUCUAUGGAAAUGGCCAAACGACUUGAUGCUGAAGAUGCUGGGAAUGAACCUGCGGCAGAUAGUGAUUUGGUGGAAGAUCAUCUAGAAAGUCCAGAAUCGGAUAAGCUAGAGAAAGCAUCGGUUCCCUCAUCAGAUGAUGAAACGGAGCUUGAAGAUGAGCUAGAGCCCACGCUCAAUCGGAAAUCAGCAAAUAAAAAGACGGCACAAGAUCGCGUUAAUGAGGAUCGCAAGAGGCGUCUUAGUACUUUACUCACCAUGGAAUGCUACAUACAGAGCAUAUUUAGCAUCAUUAAAAGGGAUGCGAACACGUCCAGUAGCGUCACGUGCAUCAAAGAAGCUCCCAGUGAAGAGUUGUCUAUGCAAGCAUCUACAUCAGUGGCGGCGUCGAUUAAAUCAAAACCAAAAGGUGCAUCUACGCCGCCAGAACCAGAAAUUGAUACGCAGCAAGACAAGUAUAACACUAACAUCGAGAGAGAAAUGAUUUCACAAUCACCGCUCCCCGGAAAAUUCAAGUCGAAUGGACAGGAUCAGGAUGAACUGCCACAUGCAACAUCUGCUGCUGCUGUCGUAAGUAGCGUCUUGUCCGCAGCGGAUAGCAGUUCAGUUGUUGGUGUGGCGUCAACCUCCCAGGCGGCGAGUCCAACACAAAUUUAGUUGUCGUUUAAUAAUUUGCUCAGCAUUUUGUUUUUCGGCAAACCAUUUGACUGAUGAAGGCCAAUAAUUUAGGAACAUUUUGCCAGAGGCUAAGAAUAGAAGAACACCAACUAAAGCGCUCCGUGAAUAGAGCUGCAUUCAUAUCCUUGAGGCCCAAAAAGAAACGCCCAGAUCUAAGGUGAGACAACCUAUUCGAAAUUUAAGCGUGAAACUUAUCCAAUUUGAUAUAAGAAAAAAUUACGCUAGCCACAUAUUAACAUAACAGAAUAGAAAAUCAUAUAUAUGUAACUCACACACACUCAUGCAUACAUUAGCAUAUAAAUACACACAUGAAAUCAUACUGUUAGCAAUUAUCAUACAAGGUUACUAUUUAAAGACAUCUCAAGACCAUAAAUUGUCCGAAUCUUAAAAAAAAUCAUCAAAUGUCGAACUACCAAUUGAUAAACAAAGCAAAUAUGAAAAUUAUAGCUAAGUUAAAUGUUUAUACAUUUUAAAAACAAGAACUCUAUUGUUAUACUAUACGAAAAUGCCAAAAACAAAAUAAAAUGCAUUAAUUUUUGAGGUAAAAAGAAAAAAUAAUUAAGUAUUUGGGAAAUCAAAUGAUAUAAAGAAAACCUGACAUUAAAAACGGCUUAUGAGACGCUAAUAUCUAUAACGUUGUAGUAGGACCUUUGGGUAUGUUUUGCACUGAUAAAUGUAUUUGAUUUAACCCCAACCCUGUCUCCUUCCUUCAUAUCCUACCUAUCCGAACACAUUUUUACUACUUAAAUGUUAGAUAUAAAUGAACAGAUAUUAUACAAUUAAUCGCACGUUUUAAAUAAAGGAUGUCUAACAAACUUCAUUGUAAAUUGCUGAACGAUAUAAGAAUUACGUAACAAAUAUUUGCGUUCUUUAGUUUAUGUGAAAAUUAAUUGUAACUACGCACAUAAGUGUAGUAAUUUGUCCAUGUGAAACACAAAGGACACAGUAAUAAAAAGUAUAAAAUAAUAAAAAUAAAAACCCCAUACCUUUAAAGGGAGCAUAAAAUGUUAGUCUUAAGCUACAAAUGAUCGAAAUGAAAUGUUCAACAACAAAUAGAAAAAAAAACGAAAUGAUGAGCAAAUAACAAUAAAAUUAAUUCAGCAUCUAAGUUUAACAGUUUAUUUUGGAUUUGUUGGAUGAUUUCAGUAAUUUAAAUUAGUCGAGUAAGAGAGAUGGAAAUGCAAAUUAAUGCUUGAACAUAAUUUGCUUUCCUUUCAUCAAACAUCCACAAAACUGUUUUAUAGAAUAAAAUUUGUAAACUCUUCAUUUUCACA